UGAGUGGCAGGGGAGGAAAGCAGGGGAGAAAGGAAGGAAGGAAGGGUGGAAGGGAGGAAGGGAGGACUCGGCAAGCCGACUCGCGUUGGGCUAGGUCAGGUCUAACCGAGUUCCACGCACACCGCUCUCUCUCUCUCUCCCUGCUAUCCGCGAGAACCGAGCAAACGGAGACCGUCCUUUUCCACGUCUCCUACGAGAAUAACAGGAGCUCGCGAAUCUCUCGAAAUUCAUCUGGUGCAAAUCCGAAAAGAAAGCUUCCCGAAAAUAGAACUAAACGAGCGUGCCAUCGCGAACCUACCCUUCCAACUCGGACGUUGAAAAUUCGAAGCUCGAAACGAUCGAUCCUAGCUGUCCUCCGAGCAAUUUCCGCGGCGCGCAACGCGGAAAAUUCUACGCCUCUUUUGCUUCCUCGCGAAAUUAAAAAGAGGAACGUACGAAGGCUUGGGAGUUAUUCUUAAACUAUCUCUAUUGGUCGUCAUCGAAUCUCGAAGAAAAGUAGCUUAUUGAUAGAAUAUAAAGGGGAAGAGUAACGUAAAAGGGUGUAAGUGCGUGUGAGUGUUUUUAGUUCGAUUUCUUUUCGCAAAAACAAAAUAAACUCUAAUAAAUCGUAAAAAGGAAAGGAAGAAAAUAGAUGUUCGCAUUGUGGAUAUCGGUGGGUUGCUUGUGUUGGUGCUGGUGGUAGUGCUAGUGAAUUUGAAGAUAGAAAAUAUAAGAAAAGAAAGAAAUCGUGAGAAUUAAUCGAUCGGAGAAGAUAAGAAAAGCUUCGAAGAAGAUCGACGACUGCUUGUCGUGCGGUGCUUGUUGAUAAACAGCGUAGACAAGGAGAGAGAGAGAGAGAGAGAGAGAGAAAGCAUCGUGGAUGAUCGUGAGCGAGGACAACUCGAGUCCAUCGCAAUUUCCCUUUUCCGAUGUCCUGAUAAUCGAUAACUCCCGUGUGCGUGUCUGCGUGCAUGCAUUCGUGCAUUCGUACAUUCGUACAUGCGAACGAACGAGCCUGCCGAAAACUAGAAAAGAAAAGAGAGAUAGAAGCGAUCGUUGUUGCGUGCUAAGCCGAUCGAUUCGCUCGAGAUCGAUUCCCCCGAACGAGUUGACAAAUAAAUGUUGACGUUAACGAACGCAAGGUUAGCCGGUGCGGUAGCGCGAGGCCACUCACGCGAAGACGAAGAGAAUUCUUCUUUCCUGAGACUCCUCAAAAUGCCGAUUUCUUUAAGAAACCACAGAAUCACGUAAGAGGGCCAAAGAUAGGAGAGAAGAGAAGCCGAUCCUCUCCUUUCGCUCGUAUAGAAACAGAGAGGAGAAGAGAGAGGGAGAGAGAGAGAGAGAGAGAGAGAGAAAAGAGCUUUGAUUCGUGAGAAUCGCUAAAAGAAAGAGAGUGAGGGAGAGGGGGAAGAUAGAGAGAGAGAGAGAGAGAGAGAGAGAGAAAGAAGAACAGCCAGAUCGCCGACGCCUUCGACGUUCGGCCGACCGAUGCUCCGAAAAACGCGAGCCUAAAGGAUGGAGGCCAGUGAAUGGGAUCACGCGACCUUGAGGGAGGAGGAAUUCGAGCAACAUGCCGUAUACUUGGUACCGGAUGUUACGGCAUCACCUAGCGAUACCAAUCGAGCGGAAGCUUCGUUGCCGAGGAACCUCGUACUCAAGCCCUCUCAAGCCCUCAACGAUGUACGUUCAUCCACGAAAGAAUCCUUUCUCGAGACCUCCUCGAUGUUGGGCGUCUGGAGUACGAGUUACAUCCCAAAGGGCACACGUUUCGGACCACUGGUGGGCCAGGUUUACACCAAGGAUUCGGUGCCCGCUGACGCGAACAGGAAGUACUUUUGGAGGGUAUACAAGAACAACGAGUUGUUCUACUACAUCGAUGGUUAUGACGUUCAAAAGUCGAAUUGGAUGCGUUACGUAAACCCAGCGUAUUCAUCCGAAUCGCAAAAUCUAAUAGCGUGUCAAUAUAAGAUGAACAUUUAUUUUUACACGAUUAAGCCGAUACUUCCGAAUCAGGAAUUGUUAGUAUGGUAUUGUAGAGAGUUUGCGGAACGUUUGAAUUACCCGUUGACGGGUGAAUUAAUGCUUCAAAGAAUACGUCAGCAAGUACAGCAAUCGGCGUUACCGACGGAAAUUUCUGCGAGCGUCGACGUGGUAUCACCGUUGAAGGACUCGUCGAUUUACGAGAGACGAUCGCAAAUGACGCCAACGGAUGGUUCCGUGAGGUCUGACGAAGGUUACCAUUCGAACGGUUACCACGACGAGAUCUUGACCCCGCCGGAGGAGAGCAGCGAGUCCGAUUCGGAGAACAACUACGUUCUCGACUUUAGCAAGAACUCAAAGUCCUCCGUGUGUAGCAACGAACCGUUAAAGCCGGACAACGUGGCCGCGAAGAACGAAUACAGAAAGGUAAAGAUCAAGAUAACGAAGACGUACGGUAAUUUUCAAAGCGGUACGAAGAGCAAUUUGGAUGGUACAGCGAAGGAGAAAAAUCCCGAGAUCGCAAGCAGAGCGAUGAGCCCGGAGAUACAAAAGUCCGUGUCGCCUGUGAUGCUUCAAAAAACGACUCUUCUGUCGAUGGUGAGCGAGGACGAGGCGGAAAAAAAUCCGAAGCCGUUUUACGAGCCAGAGGUCAAAGGCAACGUACCUGCCACGACGAGACCACCCUACAUAACGAGUCCUAGCAGUUCCAUCCUUGAAAAUAUUCUCCUACGAAAUAGCACCGACAAUAAUAAUAAUAACAACAAUAACAACAAUCAUCAUCAUCAUCUACAUCAUCAUCACCAUCAACAACAGCAACAACAGCAACAACAACAGCAGCAGCAGCAGCAGCAACAGCAGCAACAUCACCAUCAUCAACACCAUCACCACCAUCAUCAGCAGCAGCAGCAGCAACAGCAACAACAGCAACAGCAGCAGCAGCAGCAGCAACAACAGCAGCAGCAGCAACAGCAUCAGCAUCAGCAUCAACAACAGCAUCAGCUACAGCAUCAUCAACAGAACCAUCAUCAGAGUCACACGGCAGAUUCGGUGACACCACCACCUUCGAGUCCCACGGAGAUGGCUUACUCUUACAAAAAGUCUCAUCGUUACGGCAAUAUUUUACCAUGCAGUCCGGACUCGAGUUCGAAUUUACCGAUGCAGACUGAAUCCUGCGUAAACUCCACCACCAGUAACCACGGUCCCGUGCCAAUUCCGAGUCCAACCGGUGGACUUCAUUCGAGUACGGGUAAUCUUCAUUCGAGUACGGGAGUGAACAACGGAAAUGCGACGGCUCAUAUCGGAAACGUGCACUCGUCGAGCAGCCCAGGUGUUAAUCCGCAUUCGAAUAGCGGCGUGCUUCCCUCGAGCACGAUCUUGACAUCGUCCUCGAAUGUCGCUAGCUCCUCCUGUCUUCCAAAGCGAAAAACGAAGAGCCCGUCUCCGGCAAAUUCUCCACCGUUGUGUCCCUCCUCGACACCGACGAUUUUGUAUUCGGCCAAUUCCGGAGGUUGUCAAAUAGAGUCGAGUUCGGUCUAUUCAAAUUCGGGUGGUAGUAAUGGUGCUGGUGGUGGUGCUGGUGGUGGUGUUGUUGUUAGUGGUGGUUGUGGUAACGGUGUCGGUGGUAGUGUCGGUGGCUGUGGUGGUGGUGGUGGUGGUGGUGGUGGUGCUGGUGGUGGUAAUGGUGGCGUCGGUAGUGCCGGCAACAAUCAUCAAAACUCAGUUUCGCCGAUAUCACCGAUCCAAUCGCCUUCUCCCUAUUCGUACGGUCUCUAUCAUCAGAACGGAACGCUCCAUCACGGCGCGACUCCUCUGUCGAUCAACUGUACGGCUUAUUCUCCGACUCCGAGCACCGCUAACAACGGCAGCCUCGUUUACGGAGAAAGAACGUCGGACGGUAGACGUCUUGACGUUCCAAGCAGCAGUCAUCAACUUCCAACCUCCUCGACGACUAUGCAGAUCGACGGGAGUCAGGCUGGCCUGAUCGCAGGCACGCACAAUCUUCACCUCGGCCAUCAUCCUGGACUUACCAUUCACGCGAAUUCCUCUUCCUCCGGGUCCCUCAAUCACAGAUACUCGCCGGCGAGUUCUCUCUCCCCGGACGAUCACGGUUGCUCGCAGAGUGGCUCGCUCAGCCCGAACUCUCAGGGAUCGAGGGGUUACAGGUCGUUGCCUUAUCCACUUAAGAAGAAGGACGGGAAGAUGCACUACGAGUGCAACGUUUGCUGUAAGACCUUCGGUCAACUAUCGAAUCUUAAAGUUCAUCUCAGAACGCACUCCGGUGAGAGACCGUUCAAAUGCAACGUCUGCACCAAAAGCUUCACGCAACUGGCACAUCUACAGAAACAUCAUCUCGUGCAUACCGGCGAAAAACCUCAUCAAUGUGAGAUCUGUAAGAAGAGGUUCAGCUCUACCUCCAAUCUAAAGACUCAUCUCAGAUUACACUCCGGCCAAAAGCCCUAUGCUUGUGACCUUUGCCCCGCGAAAUUCACCCAGUUCGUUCAUUUAAAGCUACACAAGAGACUGCACACGAACGAGAGGCCUUACACCUGCCAAGGCUGCGACAAAAAGUAUAUCAGUGCGAGUGGCCUGAGAACUCAUUGGAAAACGACCAGUUGCAGGCCGAACAGUAUCGAGGAUGAACUUGCUCUCGCAGCUGCCGUUGGCUCGCCAACGUAUUACGAGUAUGGUCCUGACAUGAAUGUCGGAACCAUGCCGAAGGAAUGCGAAUUGGAACACAUCGAGAACUAUGAGAGGCAUGGAUCGACGCAUGGGCCGCACACCACAUCUCUUCAUAACUUGGAGAACCCAGUGGCGAGGCCGAGCGUGAUAGAAACCUCCCAGCCACACAUAAUCGAAUGUACCUAAGGGACGGGGAGCAGACCCUUUUGCCCUGACGCAAAAUCCAGCCGUGGAAACGUAAACGAGAUUCGGCUGACCGAGCUCGCACCAGAGCGAUACCUUUAUCCCGAGUGGCAGUAAAGAUAAAUAAGAAAAAGUGAGAAAGAGAAAGAGAGAGAGAGAGAGAGAGAGAGAGAAAUGGU